AAGAAACAAGAGAGGGUGAGUCGAAAAAAAGAAAGAAACCUGUACCAAUGGUCAAAAAGAUGGAUGUGAGAUUUUUCGAGUUCGUGGAUAAUAAAAAAUGUCAUUCCAUAAGAACAACAAUUAAAGAAAAGGUGUUAGAUGCGGAAAACUGUUUAAAGAUUGAAAUAAACACCGAACAAGAAACUUUUAAUAUUAGGAACUUACGAAAAUGUCGGCAUGUGGUGGAAGAAGAACGUCCUAAUAAGAAGGAGAAAAUAGUUGAUAAAAAUGACAUGACUGACGCAUAA